AUGCCUACCGAAUAUAAACGCAAAGGUAGUGUUUGUCGAGGGGAAUGGUCAGAACAAGAUUUACAACAAGCUAUAGAGGCUGUACAAGAAGGUAGAGUAGGUGUUCGAGAAGCCGUUCGUUCCUUUGGUGUGCCAUACACAACACUUCGACGACGCUUGAGAAGUGGCAAUCAUAGAAAGCUUCCGUUGGGACCAUUAUCUACUUUAGGACAAGAAAUCGAAGUUAAAUUGGUCAAUCAUAUUAAAAAACUUCAAAAGUUUGGAUUUUCGCCAUCACGAACAACUGUACGCUCUAUGGCAUUUGAAUUAGCCCAGAAAUUAAAUCUCCCACAUAAAUUCAAUAUUGAAAGACGUAUGGCAGGAUAUCCAUGGCUCGAGUCAUUUUUAAGGCGCAAUAAGGAUCUAGCAGUGAGAAAAUCCGAAGGUAUGUCAGCUGCUCGUUGUUUAAAUAUGAAUAGAGAAGUUGUGGCAUCUUAUUUUAACCUAUUGGAAAACACUCUGAUAGAAUAUAAUUUAAUUAACAAACCAGCAAGAAUCUACAAUGUAGAGGAGACAGGUCUACAAAUGAACAACAAACCAGGCUUUGUUAUUGCUCAGAGAGGUUCAAAAAACUCGGCAGUGACAUCAGCAGAAAAAGGCGAAACAAUCUCCGUAAUAACAUCUUGCAAUACGGAGGGGUCAUUUAUACCACCAACGUGCAUCUUUAAGGGUAAGAAUCAGAAACCAGAGUUUGCCGAUGGUAUGCCACCAGGCUCCUAG